CUUUCGACAAGGCAUGUUCUCAAUGGUUGUAGUGCAAGAAAAAAUAAACUGGAAAACACUCACCAACUCAAACUUCUUUCUAUAUAACCUGAAGGCCGUAGUGGGUUCAUGCACCAUCAUCAAUUGCAUCUCCUGUAUACAAAAAUGGCUCUCCGUGGACAGCUGAAGGAUGCUGUUGUGAUUGGGGCUCCUGCUGACAAAGUUUAUGAGUUUUACACCCGCAAACCCUACGAAAUGAAAAAAUCAAGCCCUGGAAAAAUUCUGGGUGUUGAUUUAACUGAAGGCCAGUGGGGAAAAGAUGGCUCUGUUUAUUGCUGGAACUGUGUCCUUGACGGAAAAACUGUAUAUCUGAAGGGGAAAGUGGGAAUCGAUGACAUCAACAAGUCCGCUUCGCACAAAGAGGUGGAAGGACAUCUCAUGAACUCCUUCAAGAGCUUCAUUAUCAGUAUUCAAGUUAUUCCUAAUUUGGAGAAGGGCUGCUCAGUGCUGUGGACUUUUGACUAUGAGAAGGUGAAUGUGAAUGUUGAGGACCCUACUUCACUGCUUCAGUUCGUUGUCGAUUGCUGCAAAGAUGUGGGCGUUUACCUCAACCCGAUGGCCCCUCAGCUGCAAACUAACUAAUAAGAAUCGAUCUGCUAUUACAUAAGUGCAUCGGCCAUGCAUGGAUACAUGCAUGCUAUUAGAUAAGAUGCAUUUCCAGUAUGUUUGGAGAGUCUUCUAUUUUAACAAUCAUACCAUAUGCACAACUUUUGUGCAUACAUAAUCAUAUAUUAUCAUGUGAUGCAG